AUGCUUCUUCCAUCUGCCCUCCCAUGCGAUGUGCGCCGGUCGUCUCGCUUCACCCCCAGCCGCCUUUUCUCAACUCCGCCUCCAUCCAGCAGCGGCUACGCAUCGGGCAACGGUCUCCUCGGCACCUGCCGCGCUUUACAAUCGCUACUCAACGGAUCGCCAGCGCCCCCAUCGCGCCGCUCAGUCAAGGCCCAACGCCUCCAAAGCCCUCUCCCACUCAACACACCCCGUCGCUCACCGCGAUCGCACAAGGCCGUGCGCCCCGUCUCCCCCAGAGAAACACCACCACCCCGAUCCGCCGCCCUCACACCACCACCAGCACCAGCGCGCGGCGCAAACAAGCGCCGCCGCGACACGGACGACGAGGAAAGCGGCAUGGAGAUGAGGCACGAGCGCUUCGCGACUCCCAAGCGUCGCCGUCACGUCCCCUACGAACUACCUCUUGGUCUCGCCUCGACCGAUUUCUACUCUCUACACUCUCCACCCGUCACACAGUCUCCUCCUUCUCCAGCCCGUCGAAUGGAGUUCCAAUUCGGUCCGUCCACCGACCCAGACGCGCCUCUGCCUUCCAUCGAGGUAACAGAGGAGCUUGCUUCCCCGGCCCAGCCCUGGACUGCUGAAGAAGACCAGCAUCUUCUUGAGCUGGUCCUACAAAGAAUCUCCCUCUCCCAACAACAGUGGGAUGAGUGCGCGCGCCAAAUGGGCCGCAGCCAAGUCGGCAAUAGGUGGCACUCCCUCGUUGGAGAGGGUCGUGUUGGCCUCCGUCGGCAUUGA